GCCUUGAGGAAAAUAUAUUUGGUUAGGUUAGACUGGUUAGAGUGCCCGCAAUUGCGAAAUGCCCAAAUAACUUCUACUUUGAGUCUAAAAUUAUUAAAAUACGUAAAAUCAAUUAAUCAAAUGGAAGUAAAACAAGAACUUAGUGAGGAGACAUGUAAAAUAGAAAUAGAGCAUAAUGACAUGGAUGAUGCUCUUGUCGAUGGCUUUAAAUGUGAAAUUAAGGAGGAAUUCAAUAGCGAAAGUACAUGUGACACCUAUAAUUAUUUAGACCUUAAGGAAUAUCCGAUAAAUUCUGAGGUAGAACAGGAUGAUGUUAAGCUUAACCUAUUUAAAGGGAACCAAAAAACUGAAAAAGGUUGUAUGCAGGAAGAGAACAAAAUAAAAAUUAUGGAAACAUUUUUUGAACAUUCAUCACAUAAAGGACACUAUUUGGGGAAAACGAAAGGAACGGACAAAGUAAAAACAAUAGAUCAAUAUAUAAAUGUUCAGACUGGACCGGGACCUUACAAAUGUGAAAUUUGUUUAAAGCAGUUUUCUCGAACAAGUAAUUUGAAACAACAUUUGAUGAUACAUACUGGAGAAAGAUCUUACAAGUGUGAAAUUUGUUUUAAACGGUUUAGAGAAGCGUUUAGAUUAAAAAGACAUUUGAGAGUGCACACCAGAGAAAAAUCUUACGAGUGUGACAUUUGUUUUAAGCAGUUUAUAGAUAAAACAUUUUUGGAUGAACAUACAAAAGUUCACACUGGAGAAAAACCGUACAAGUGUGAAACUUGUUCUAAGCAGUUCGCUCUUAAAGAAUCUUUAAAUCAACACACUAGAAUUCACACUGGAGAAAACCCAUACAAGUGUGAAUUUUGUUUUAAACAGUUUACAAAAACAUGUAAUUUGAAAACACAUUUAAGAGUGCACACUGGGGAAAAACCGUACAAGUGUCAAACUUGUUUUAAACAGUUUAGCGAAGAAGGUAGUUUGAAAAUACAUUAUUUGAGAGUGCACAAUGCAGAAAAACCUUAUAAGUGUGAAAUUUGUUUAAGGCAAUUUACUACAACAAGUUAUUUGAAUAGACAUUUAAACGUGCACACCAAAGAAAUACCGUACAAGUGCGAGAUUUGUUUUAGGCAAUUUUCUCAAAAAGACAGUUUGAAAUAUCAUUUGCAAACACACACUGGAGAAAAACCGUACAAGUGUGAAACUUGUUUUAAACAGUUUAGAGCAUCGUUUACAUUAAAAAGACAUUUGAGAGUGCAUACUGGAGAAAAACCAUUUAAGUGUGAAAUUUGUUUUAAGCAGUUCGCUUUUAAAGAGUCUUUAAUGAAUCAACACAUGAAAGUUCACACUGGAGAAAAACCAUUUAAGUGUGAAAUUUGUUUUAAACAGUUCGGUUUUAAAGAAUCUUUAAAAGAACACAUGAGAGUUCACACUGGAGAAAAACCAUUUAAGUGUGAAAUUUGUUUUAAACAGUUUACAACAGCAUGUACUGUGAAAAAUCAUUUGAGGGUCCACACUGGAGAAAAACCAUACAAGUGUGAAAUUUGUUUUAAGCAGUUCGCUUUUCAAGCAGCUUUCAAUGAACACGUGAGAGUUCACACUGGAGAAAAACCAUACGAGUGUGAAAUUUGUUUUAAACAGUUUACACAAGCGUAUAAUUUAAAAACACAUUUGAGAGUUCACUCUGGGGAGAAACCAUUCAAGUGUGAAAUUUGUUUUAAACAGUUUACAGCAGCAUGUAAUGUGAAAAAACAUUUGAAAAUCCACAUUGGAGAAAAACCAUAAACUGUUAAAUUUGUUUUAAACAGUUCACUUUUAAAGAAUCUUGAAAAGAACACAUGAGAGUUCAAACUGGUGGUGAAAUUUGUUUUAAACAGUUCUCAUUUCAAGCACCUUUCAAGGAACACUGGAGAAAAACGAUAUAAGUGUGAAAAUUGUUUCAAGCAGUUCGCUUUUAGUCCGACACCAGGGUACCUUUCUGUAUGCAUGAAAGGGUGGGUAUAGCAUUUUUCAGAUAAAAAAGCUUGCACGUCAUUCAAGAUUUGCGUCAUCAGAAACCCACAGCGUUGCCAAAACAUCAGAAUAGUUAGUAAAGAUAAUUCAUAAUGUCGUGGACCUGACGUAAUCAUUUAGUGACGUCGAUCUACGAACGAAACAACGAAAUCAGGCAUUGCUAAAAACAUGCAGUUCUCUUCAGUGUUAUCGUAGCGAUGAAAUUCCCGCAAAGGUUCGUUCUGACUAUCCCCGUUUUUUCUUGGUACCACAUUAUAUUUAAAUGCUUUUUUAUCAGUGACUGUCACCGUUUCAGCCUUGAACGAUAUUUGAGAUUAAUCUGCUAUAUUCAGAGUAAUUGUUACCAACCUUAACUCGAAAAAUGAAAAAACUGACAUUACCCCUUUUUGCAGUGUACUCUUCAUAUUAAAAUUUGAAAAUUUCUUUUUAAAAAAAUUGUUUAUACAAAUUGGUACCUACCACUUUUUGAUGUAGAGGAACUAUAUUUUCGAAUUCGGCGAAAAGCGAGCAGAAGAAGAGAGUUUGUUUUGUUAAAUUUGCCAAUCGAUUUGGUAGUCCUAGUUGUAGGCUACUUUGUAGUUUAUAAAUAUGUGAAUAGUACCUAUGCCACAUUCCAGUGUCUUUUCUAAAAUUUGUCUUAGGUGCAAUCUGGUGAAUUGCAAUUCGAUUUACCCCUUCGGAAACCAGCCGGGUAUUUUACUACUAUUCGUUCUGCAUAUGGUGCCAUAGUUUUGUGGAAAAUAUUCUAUAAGCUGCAUUUAGAAGCGUUAUUACUCUAUGGUUGGAGCAUUCAAAGAUAUCUCCUUUUUUGUUUAUGUUGCAAAGUGUUCCAAUCACUGAGAGCUGUACUGCUACUAUGGUUUCGUGGCCACCUUCUUUAAAUAGUUCAGAUGGUAGAUUAUCUAUUCCGGAUGAUUUGUUUCUGACUAGUUUUUUUACUGCGUCUUUAACUUCAAAGAUGCAUUAAGUACCUGGUUAAAGUAUUCCACCCAUAUAUUCAAUACAUAUAUCAUUGUUGGUCACCAUUCGGACAUUUGCAUUAGCUUGUGAUUGAAUUCAAUUCCUUUCUGUUGAUUAUUUCUCUCAGUUUAGGUUUUCUAUAUAUUUAAGUUCCUUAAGUGGUGUCAUUUUUUCUUUUAUGUAUAGUUCGUCGGGUUCGCAUCAUUCUGCAGGCUUCAUUUUUUUUCUUUUGUUGCAUUCUUGCAUUCAAUGUCAAACCAAUGAUUUUACGGGCACAAUUUUCUGUUCCUAUUUCAUCUUUUGCUGCUGCUUGAAUUUCUUCCUUUGUUCUGGUCCAAUAGCAGUCCAUAUAUUUCUGGCCUUCAUUUGCAUUUUGAUUCAUUAGCCUGUGGUGAUGUUUUCUGAGUACCGUUCUGCAAUUGUUACAUUUCUUUCUAUCCAUUUUAUUUUCUUUGUUGAUGUUUGAAAUUCUAGCCCUUAAUGCUGACAUCACUAAGCAAUGAUUCUAUGUGUGCGCCUCUAUAACUUCUGUAGUUUAUUACGUAUGUUUUAUGUCUUGCAUCUAUUAAGACGGGAUCAAUCUGACUCGUUGUUUUUCUAUCAGGAGAGGUCCAGGUUACUUUGUGUAUACUAUUGUUUUCAAGAUGUCUACUGUCAUGUUUAGUGCAGCUGCUAAGUUUAUUACUCGUAAUCCAUUAUCGCUACUGAUGUGUAGGCUACGACUUUCUAUAGUGGUCAUGAAAACUCGCUCUCGUCCUAUUCUUGCAUUCAUGUCACCUAACACAAUGUGUGUCAUUUCUGGGACAUCUUUUGUGGCCUUACUCUAGGUCUUCGAAGAACUGUUCUUUUAUUUCUUCUGGUUUGUCAUAAAUCGGGGCAUAUGCAUUGAUCAAACUGUAAUUAAAUAAUUUCCUACGUGCAAAUAGCACAUUCUUUGAUUUUAGGCUUUAAAGUCAAUAAUAAGGCAUUUUGUUCUUUGGUUUACAAUAAGUCCCACUCCCUUUUUGUUCACUUUCAUUGCAGCUAUAAUAUAUGGAAUGGGUUCUCUUAUCUCUCUUAUGCUGGUUCCUGUCCACCGCAUCUCCUGCAGUGGUAAAACAACUAUUUUAUAUGUAUUCACUAUGUCAAGUAAAUAUGUGAGUGCUCCAGCUCGAUGCAGAGUUCGGGUAUUCCAUGUUCGUAAUCUUAAUUCCAUUUUUCGUUUGCACUGCGUUGGUUAGUGAUCAGUGUAGGUAUUAGUGUCUGGGGGUUCGGGAAACUGAGACCUCGUAAGCCCUGAAGAAGACAUCAAAGAGUAUGUCGAAAGCUCGGCGCAAUGAUAAUCGACGCGGUUCAACCGGGAAGACUGUUAAGUUCAAUAUUAAUUCCUGUAAUAGUAUUAAUAUUAGCUCUAGGUUUAAUUGUACUAACCGCGUAAAUCUUUCGAAACAUAAUCACUUUCGGAAAUAGUCACUUUCUUCGUUUUUCAAUACUUCCAUGUUGUCCAACUUCACGACGGCACUAACUGCACUACUGUGUACCGUCAAGCAGUUCUGUCGGGCGGCAGGUGCAGUCAGAUGUCGGAAUCAGUCUCAUACAAAUUAAUACUGAAAAGAUAUGACGUCUGCCGCGGCGGCAAUUGCAACUGCCGUCGUUGUCGGAAUCAUACCUUAAGUACUAUAAUAUGUUGAUUUCACUUAUUCACCUCGUUGUAGGUCAACCCCAGAUUCUUUACGAAAUUGUAACAUUCAAAGUGUUCGUAAUUAAACAAUAGUUGACAAAUUUCCAUUUAUUGCUAACCAAAAAAUUUACAAUGUGUAUUAAUUACUAGAAUGAUAUACAUUUAUGACAUUAUCACAAAUCAUAACAGAACUAUAUCUAACAUUACGUGAAUAAUAGAACAUCCCGUACAAUAUUUAAAUAUGAAAUCAGGUUAAAAGUUUGGCUCCAGUUUAAAUAUGUCUGUCUGGUGUUUAUCUUAUUGAAAACUUAUGUUAAUCUGAAUAUCGAAUCCCUAUAAAAGAGUAUAGAAUAAGCCGCUACAUCUACUACUAUAGCAGUAGUUUAGAUAUAUUUUGAGAAAAACUUGCUCUGAGGUUUUAACCCAAUGUUAGUUUUUGAUGAUCAAGAUAGAAUUGAAAUCUUCAAUGGAAAGCUGAGAACGUGUUUCGGAAUCUGGGAAACUAAGUAAACCACAUUGUCAAAUUUAAAGCAUUGCAGAAACUUAGCAACAAAAAUAUAGUUUGGUUCGCUAUUUUUGAGGUAGGGGUUUCAGAAUCCUGCAUUAAGUUAGUAACAAAAUUGAAGAUUAUUAUCACAGACUGUAUUUUCCACUAUUGGACUGUAUAUUAAAUUUCUUAUAAUCCCCUAACAUCAUCUUUCUACCUGAAACCUAGAACGCCAAUUCGCUAUGAGUUUAAUCUACCGUUUGAAUAUCGCUACCUUCACGACCUAGAUGCAUUUCAUCUCAGAUGCGAUAUCUUUUCCAAAGGGUGGCAUUUGAAUAGAUAGACCAAAAACUGUUACAAAUUACAUAAAACUUUAGGUUUAAUGCAAAGUUUCGUUUAAGCUCCACAUUCGUUCUCAGGAAGACCUGCACAAAUAUAUGAUGCAGGUCAUUCUUCAGUCUUGCGUGUAUUGGAUUUAAUUAAGAAUUAAAUGAAGAUGACUACGACAAUAGAUUACAGUUUAGUGAGGUAAUGAUGAAUAAAAUUGUAACCGACGAGAACUUCGUUAAAAAGAUGUUUUUCCGACGAAGCAAUAUUUACACUGUGUGGGAAUGUAAAUCGACAAAAUUUAAGCUAUUGGAGUGAGAUAAAUCCACACUGGAUACGUGAAAACUAUACUCAAAGUCCACAAAAACUAAAUGUAUGGGCGGGUAUAGUGGGUACUUAGUUAAUUAGGCCAUUUUUAUAGAAGGAAUUUUAACAAGUGAUAAUUAUAAAAUACUACUUAGAAAUGAAAUUUUAUCUGCUCUGAAAAACAAAUCUGGAACCAAUUUUUAUGAGAUAUGGUUUCAGCAAGACUGGCCUCGAACUCGUUGUGGUGUAAAUAUUCGGCGUUAUUUAGAUCAGACAUUUCUCGGAUGAUGGAUUCGGAAUGUCUGAUGAGGAUUAGGUAGUAUUGAAUGGCCUCCUCGUUCAGUCGAUUUGAAUCCUAAAGAUUAUUCCUAAUGGUAAUAACCGAAAAGUAGAAUUUAUAAAACUAAACAAGCAAAGGCAAAGAAUGAUCGAUAAAUCCACACUAAUUUCUAGAGAAACAUGGAGAUUACUUUAACAAUGUAAUAAACUUUUAAUUAUUGUGUUUAAAUUUAGUUGUACAUAGUUUGAAUCAAAAAUUUAUUGAAAAAGUUUAAUUAAUAUAUUAUAAAUUAUUGUAUUUUUAGUGUGAGUGUGAAUGAAUUAAAAUGUAAAUGUUUAAAAAUUGUUAAACAACUGUAAAUUAAAAAAAACUAAAUAAAUUAAAAAUAAAAUCAUUACAAUGGCUUUAGUCUAUUCAGCGCCAGAAUGAGGUCCCUGCUUUCCAUCUUUGUUGAGGGCUCGGCUCCCUCUAUGCAUGAUUGACCAGUUUUCGUUGUGCACCACCAGGUGUUCAGUACCUGUACACUAAUGCCCAGGUCCGUCUCCAAAAUAUUAUUGUACAUUCUAAAGCAAUGGCCCCAGGAUUGAAUCCUGCGGCAUUUAUAAAUUUGAUGUUUUACCAACACCUAAGCAUGUAAUAUGUAACUGACUGUGAGAGACAUGGAUUCUCUUAUCGCGAAUGCUAAUCGAACAGGGAAUAGACGCCUUUUAGAAUGUUAUUGUGGUAUCUGAUGGUAUCAUUGGGAUACGUGGCAACAGCUUUAAAUUUUCCGAUCAAAACGGUUUCUUCAGUAAUAUUUUUGGUGAUGUGUUGUAUAGUCUGGGUGGGUUUAAAUUGUGUAGCAGAAUAAUCGGCGAACCAAUUUUUAAACGAAGAUUGUAUAGUGGCGAACUAAUUUUUAAACGAAGAUUGUAUGGUGGCGAUGUAUGGUAUUGCUAAAGAAGACGGCUUCGUCUUAUCUAUCUAGAAUUACCUACCUCUUCCUCAACUGCAAAUUGUAUAUGUUAAUUAUGAUUGUUGAAAAUGUUGACUGUGUCAAGAAUUUUGUGUUUAGGAAGUGCCAAAACUAAAUCAUCUACAUAUCUUUUAAUAAACGGAAUGAAAAAAGUGCAAUUGUUGAUACAAUCACUGAUAACAUCAUCCAUGACAUAGCUACUUAGAAUGGGUGAAAGACUAGAUCCCAUAGGACUACCAAAAAUUUGUUUAUAAAAGACACCAUUAAAUACAAAAAUAUUAGAAUGAAAAACAAAGUUAUGAGUGUUUUAAAAUGUGAUACGUCAAUAUUAGUAUGUUGCGAAAUCUCAUUCCAAUGUUUUUCAACAAUCCUUAUGAUUAAAUCUAAAGGUAAAUUGGUAAAAAGAGAUGUUACAUCAAAACUAACUAAAACAUAAUUUUGUGGUAAUUGGAAAUUAUUAAUGAAAGAACUAAAAUCAAAUGAAUCUUUAAUGUAAAAAUUGUUGUUUAAAUUAUAAGCAUUAGUUAAGAUGUCAGUGAGGAGCUGUGCUAUUGGUCCAUUAGGAGGGCAUAAAGAUGAAACAUGUGGUCUCAUAGAUAAAGUUGGUUUAUGUAUUUUAGGUAGAGCAUAAAACCGUGGUGCAAUAGAAUUAUAAAUUUUGAGUUCUUUUGCUUUUUUAUUAUCAAUAAAUUUCUUAUUGUUUAAUUUAAAAUUAAAUUUAACUUUGCAACAAAAAGCAAAUUAUCUAGUAUCUAAA